UGUCCCUCAUGGUCAUUGAUCAAUCUCCGGUGUUCCGGACAGCAGUCGUUCCGGUUCCGGAUCCGGUGACGUUGUUUCCGGAUCCGGUGUCGGCGGUUCCGGGUCCGGGCCGGCUCCGGCACCCCGUGUCCCACUCGACUGGGCUGGGCGGCCGCGGCUCCGGUCCCAGUGGGCUGCCCUAUUUCGGGAGCCCGCCGGGGUAUAAAAGCGUCGCGUCGCGCGUGUCCCCGCUCGAGUCUGAUCCGGUCCGGUUGGCGUUCGGCGAGGCGGCGGUGUGCUCUCUCUCUCUCUCUCUCAGUCUCCAGUGCAAAUCUCUCUCUCCCUCUCUCGGAUCAUCCGGCGACACAGAUAUCGACAACAAUGGAUACUUAGACAAGAAUGACUUCGAGUGCUUGGCAGUGCGGACAACCGUUAUUGAGAGCAAAGGAGACUUCACACAGGAAAAGUACGAGCAAAACCGCAAAGUCAUGCAAAAUCUCUGGAACGAAAUUGCAGAUCUCGCUGACUUCAACAAGGACGGAAUGGUUACCGUUGAUGAGUUUAAGGAAGCCGUCCAAAAAGUGUGUGUCGGAAAGGGAUACGAUCAGUUCCCCGAAGCCUUGAAGGCCUUCGUCAGUAAAAUUUUUGAAUCUAUCGACCUAAAUGGUGACGGUCUGAUUGGAAUCGAGGAGUACAGGGUGGACUGCUGCAGUCGACAGGCCUACAGCGAGCUUACAGAGCUCGAUCAGGGAUACGAGAAACUCUGCAGCCCGGAGGACAAGAAGAAGGGCGGCAUCGACAUCAAGCGCUUCCAGGAGCUGUACGCCCAGUUCAUCGGCAACCCUGACGAGACGAUCGGCGCCGUCUACCUGUUCGGGCCGCUGCAGGAGCUCAGCUAAGCUGCCGGAGCUCCGAGAGCUGAACUGCCGUCACGAACUGCGCCGGGAGCCGGACUCCGCCGCGUCCGCCGAGCUGACUGUCCGUCGGACCGCGAGCCGCCGCCGCGCCGCGCCGCGCCGCGCCUCUGCUCUGACCCCACCUCUGACCCGUGUGUGUGCCCGCGGCGCCUCGCGCUGCAGGCCGGUGCAGACGAGCCGGCGGGUCCUGGGACCAGCGGCGCGGGCCAGGCGCCACCACACCGGCGCGGCACUCAGACGGCGCUUUAUGUGGCUCUUUGUGAAAACGAUGUUUCUACCGUACUCUCAUUAGGCCAAUUGGUUUAUGUGCGUACGUCACUGUUGAUUGUCAAUGCCAUAAAAUAAAAUUAACCCAAAUU